AUGAGACCUCUCCGCGCUUUUCUGACAUUGGCUAGCUGUCAGCUUAUCGCUGCCGCUGCCGUCCAUGCGGCUGAUGUCGUUUCAGGCCAAGCUGAUCUGUGCCACGACGUGGUCAUCCCUGUGCAUGUUGCAAAGUCAGCCGAGGGCAACUUCACCGGAAGCUACGAUGUCAAUAUUCUCUUUGCAUUGGCCGCUCGCAAGACCCUUGUUGCAGCAGACUACAACAUCUCGGCCCGUGUCUGCAAGCCACCUACUAAUGUUGCCGCCCUCGACACGGUACAGAUACUCGCCCACGGCGCCACCUUCAACAAAAAGAUGUGGGAUUUCCCCUACAAGCCCGAAGAGCACAGCUGGACACGGCGAAUGACGAAUGCGGGAUACACCACCGUUGCCGUUGACCUCAUCGGUGCUGGAAACAGCAGUUUUCCUGACGGACUCAAGGAGGCGCAGACAGAGACGGCCGUGCAGGCCAUGCACGAGGUCAUCCGCCUCAUACGCGAAGGACAGUACGUCGGCCGUCAGUUUAAGCAGAUGGCAUUUGUUGGUUUUUCCAUUGGAGGUAUCAUCGCAAAUGGAUUGGCCGACAAGUACCCCCACGAUGUCGAUGUUUACGUCCUGAUCGGCAUCUCCUGGGAUCUGACAUGGAUCUACCCGGCUUUUUUAUCCAUAGCCGGCCUGCAGACCUCAGCCCGGACCAUAGACCCCGACCGCUGGGGUCAUCUCGAGCCGUUUUACCAGACCCAACCAACAAUCGAAGCACGCGAAGUCGCAUGCUUCUACGGGGACUACGAAAAGGACGCCUUGGCUGCCGACUUUGCCACGCGAGACUUUGACACCCUCGGCGCCGCCAUAACUUUUACCUACCACUUGGUCGACGCUCCUCACUUCACCGGACCCGUGUUCCUAGGCAUUGGCGAGAAUGACGGGACGUUUUGUGGCGGCCCCAAGUGCGGCAGCCAGCCGUACGCCGUGUACGACAAAUUCCCAACCGCCUCGGCUCACGACGUCAAGGUCUAUGCGAAUACUGGUCACGCAAUCCUCUACCAUCGGAGCGGGCCGAAGUUGAUGGAUGACGUGCAGAGCUUCUUGGCCGCGCAUUGGCCGUGA